AUGAGUCCACUCGAGCUAUCUGUACUGUCAAGUUCAAGCAAUGUCAACCACGCCUCACUCACUGCUCUGCUUCCUCCCCCAGACCGAGCACCUUCAUUCACAUCACCAUCUGACGAAUCGUCUCAUUGCCGAGACACAACCCAUUGCAGACCUCAAUUCCUUCCAUGGAAGUUGCAAAGACCAAUGGGCCCAUCAAGGGGACACACAGACCUUCAAUCAACAACCGAGAAGAAAGAAAGGGAAGAGAUAAACAGGGAAAAAAGAAAAAGGAUAAGAGAAAACCAGAAGGAAGAGAACAUCUCAGGUAAAAGAGAAACCCUCAAGACUUCAACUCGAUGA